CCAAACGUGGUGAAUGGAAAGAAGCGAGAUACCUCAUGAAAGGUAUUUGGCGACGACGCCACUUGCGACUGCCCUUGGGACGGAUGAUGUGGAACAACAUGAUCAAGGCGCAUGCGAAUGCCAAGCGACCACUGGCGGCUGAGAGCUGGCUGGAGGACAUGCUUGGACGUGUGUUUCAACCUGAUAUAGCCAGCUACAACAGCCUCCUGAAGUGCUACGGUCAAAGAGGUGACUUCUUGAUGAUAGAGAAGUGGAUGCGCAGGAUGAAAGCGCGCGGCGUUGCUCCAGAUAUGUACAGUUAUGGUGCCUUGGUGCAGAGCUACGUGAAGGCGAAGGAUGUCCAAGGAGCAGAAAAGGCGCUGGAUGCCAUGACAAGCUCCAGCUGCACAGUGGUUCCCAGCAACACCUUCGCGUACAACACGCUGAUGAAGCACUACGCCUCUGAGGGAGAGGCUUUGAACGUUGAGAAUCUCUUCGAUCGAAUGAAGGCAUCAGAUGUGGUUCCAGAUGCCACCAGCUAUCUGCAGAUGAUUCGUGCACACGUCAGAGAUCCUGAAGGUGCAGCAGAAUGGUUGAAACGGAUGGAAGAGAAGGGCUUAGAGCCUGCGGCCACACACUUUUAUGCUGUGAUGUCCAGCCACGCCAAGCUUGGAGAUCUGGAGGGAACCGAAGCAUGGUUCCGUGUGAUGAUGGAUGCGGGCUUCAGACCUGAGGUCGUAGGCUUCAAUAUCUUGAUGUCCGCAGCUGCUGGAAAUGGCGACACUGAAGGAGCUGAAGGUGUUCUUGUGCGAAUGGAAGAUCUGGAACUCACACCAGAUGUGGUGACCAUUGGCACCAUGCUGAGCGCUUUUGCCAAGGUGGGCAAUGCCACAGGUGCUACAAGCUGGUUGAUUCGCGCGGAACAGGCAGGUCUGGAGCCAGAUUUGAACUGCUACAAUCAGGUGAUCAAGGCAUGCGGCCAGGCGGGCGACGCCGACCUUGCGGAACGCAUGGCGCGGCGGCUGCUGCGGAACCGCCUCACGCCUGAUGUCUACACCUACAACAUGCUGCUGAACGCGUUGGCCCGCGGCGGCCUCGCCGACGCAGCCGAGUUCUGGGUGGAUCACAUGCAACGUGCCGCCAGAUGGAGACAUCAUGAUUUCCCCUUGGAUCAAGUUGCGGUGAGCUACUCUGAGGUUCUCUUAGCCCACGUGAAUGCCAAUGAUCUGCCUGCAGCGGAGAACUGGCUUGAGCAAAUGCUCGGUGAGGGCAUUGAACCACAAGCAAGAUGUUACACCGCGCUGGUGAAGUCCUACACAGAACUGGGAGACUUGGAGCAGGCAGGCAAAUGGCUUGGAAGAAUGACUUCCUGGUCGAACCAUGCCGUGCCCCAAAAUCUGUUGGAUUCGGUAGAGACGAAGAGGUUAGCCGCUGUCAGCUGAACUGGUUGAAAUGUGUGCGGUCUGAAAA